AACAGCCGAACGCUUCCGCCAUAUUUUAUAUAGCGGAUAUUUCUUGAGAGAAAUUGUCUCUCAAUUGACAUUUUAUCCAUCAAAAUCGACAACAUCAUCUGCUUAUAAGGGUGACGUAGGUCAUCAUUCUUUUCUCCAUUUAUUUUCCUGCAGAGCGAGCAAGGUGGCUUCUUGCACGUUCUGUGGUACCGUGAAUAAGAGCUCCAUGACAGCAGGAAAUGCAGUAUGUCUGACCGCUCAGCAGUGACAAACAAAGGGAAAGAUGGAAAAUCAAAAUACUCUUCCCUCAACUUAUACGAUACUUAUAAAGGAAAAAGCGUAGAACCUCAAAAACAAGCUGUGAGCCAUGGCCGUGGAUUACAAAGUCUUGGCAAAGUGGGCAAUGCCCGUCGUGUGCCUCCUCCAACCAACCUCCCAAGCUUAAGAAGUGAACACAAAGGAAACGACCCUAAUAUUAAUCUUGUACCUGGAACUGGAUCGGGAUGGGGAUCCGAAGAAAAGAAGCCAGAAAAUGCUCAAGAAAGUCAAGCUGCAAAGAGUCAGCCGCAAGCACCUCCUCAGGGACCACCAGUCCAAGAGGACUCACAGUCAGGGAAAUCCUGGCAUCCUCCUGCUCCAAAUGCAUUGCCCAAAGGAGCACCCAAUCAAGUUGGAGCACCACCAAUGAGAGUUGCUCCUCCCCCUUCGCAUCUGGAUCGAGAAUUUCCGUCACUAGGUGUGUCCGGAGAUCAGCCAGCUGCUGCCUCAACCAGCAAAGACUCCUCCGAGAAGGACAAAGACGAUCCCAAAGAGGUCCAGUAUGGACCAGGACCAAGUCUAAGACCGCAAAAUGUAAAGAGCUGGCGAGAAGGCGGCAGCUCGCUGAACAAGUCAGGUGGAACUGGGACGGGGGAGGGUGAGGGGCCUGCCUCAUCGGGUGCAGCCCUAGAUAAAGACCGUCCCAUGAUGCCCCCUCAUGGUAUGCCCCCUCAAGGGAUUAUGAAUGGGGCUCAGGGGAACGCACCCCCUCCGGGCCCUAUGCAACAGCAGUUCAGAGGAAUGAUGCCUCCAUACAUGCAGUUUGGGCCCCGUGGUAUACCCACAGGACCAGGGGGUCCAAGAGGCCCACCCCCACCGAUGAACCCAUACGCCAUGGGUUUCCCAGGGCCCGGCAUGCAGGGACCUCCCCCUAGACAUGGCUUUCCACCACAACAUCAAAAUGCAAUGAUGCCACCGCAGCAGUCUGGACCAAACAGAGGUCCUCCUAGGCAUCAGGGUAGACCUGACAAGCCUCCAGGGAACAAAGAAAAUGUUUCCCGACAAGCCAUUGUUGACAUGAAGCAUCUCAAGGACAUGGAUGAAUUGGCUGCCAGCAAGACAGAGGAAGGGUGGGCGGUGGUCAGCGGUGAGGUGGAUUACUCCGAGAAGCUGGUCUUCAGCGAUGAAGAGGACGAGUCGCCCAAGAAGCGCAGUGAUAAAGGACCAGCACCAAGCAGUCAAGAUGCUUCAAAAGAUAGACAGGAUGGAAGACCAGAUGAAGACUUUAACCAAAGACCUCAGGGAAGAGAUGGGGGUCCUCAUGGCCCACCCAGAGCAGCCUGGGAGCCUAAUGAUAGAGAAGGUGGUGGCCCACCACCUCGGGGACCCCAUCACGGCAGGAUGCCAGCCAACAUGGACCAAACGGAGUGGAAUCGAGCCCCACAUGAGCAGAGAGGGCACCACCAUUCCCAGUCUCAUGGACAAUAUGGUCGCCGGCCGCCCCAUUUCCAAAGGCCACCUCCCAACCACCCUCACGGGAGCAAGGGCCAUUCAAGGCAAGCGGUCGAUGACGAUGAAGACAGAUGGAAGCACCAGAAACAGAUCAAAUCAAGCGAGAUGUCAUCGAACAUCGAACGGGCUCGUCAACGCCGAGAGGAGGAGCAGAAGAAAGAGGAGGAACUGCGGAAAGCCGCCGCCGAAGAGAAACUCAGGCAGCUGAACGAAAGAAUCGCCCGUGACCAGAAGCUGAAAGAAGGAGAGGUCAAAGCUCCUGCUGCGGAGCCACCUCAAAGGGAAAUCCCCAAAGCUGACCCCACCACCACCACUGACCUGCCGAAGGAGAAGCCUGAGAGGGAGGUGGAUAGCCGGGAUAGGGAGUGGGAACGCGAUCGCGAGAGGCAUUGGGAGAGAGACCAUGAUCGGGGUGAAGUGCCUUACUCCAGAGAGGGUAUGGUCAUCAAGAGACAACGAACAGAGAGUGGAAGUAGUGAUGGAUCCAGGCAAGGAAGGGACAGAAGAGAUGGUGGAAAUUACAAUCGUCCUACUGCGCGGAACUUGCCUCCUAGAUUCCUGAAGCAGCAGAAGCAACAACAGGAGCAUGGUCAUCAAACCCAUAGACAAUCCUCCUUCACGCAGGAGCAGCAGUGGCAUGGUCGAGAUGGUGGAAGAGGAAGCUGGGGUGGCAGCGGUCCUACCACACCUACUACUCCUUUUGUUCAAGAACAAAGGCAGCUCCCUCCUGCAAGAAUUCAUAUACAGAGAAGACGCGAGAACUCUGAAACAAGUAAUGAUGGCCAAGAGAAGGGCAACUAUUCACCAGAUGUGAGAGAAGGCGAUACAGCCAUUGGGCAAGCAGUGAUACCAGGAGGUGACAGGGGGUUCCGCAAUCAAAGAAUACCUUCUGAUGCAGCACCUAAAGAAUUCCCAAGGCGUCAAGAGUCUCAAACAGACAUCCAUAGAGGUCAAGAGCCACGGCAUGGUGCGAGACAAGAACAGAAGCAUGAUGGGAUGCAUGAUCAACAAGAUCAAAGACCAGGUCCAAUGCAAGACCAUAGGGUUGAUCAGAAGCAGGACCAAAGACAAGAACAGAGGCCAGAGCCACACCAUGAUCUACAUCAAGAAAAGAGACCAGAGCCACGGCAAGAACAGAGGCAGGACCAUCGGCAAGAUCAUCGGCAGGAUCAGCGAUAUGAUCAUCGGAAUGAUCAAAGGCACGAUCAUAGAUCAGAACCACGCCAAGAGAAAAGGCCAGAUCUGAGGCAAGACCAGAGACUUGAUCAUCGGCAGGAGCAAAGAUCAGAACAUCGGCAGGACAAUAGACCUGAUUUGAGGCAUGAUGCAAGACCAGAGCCGAGGCAAGGGCAACAAGAUCAUAGGCCUGCUGGAAGACAAGAUCAGCGACAAGGAUCUAGGCAAGAACCAAAACAAGAUCAGAAAAUAGAGCGUAGGCCCAGUCGAGAAAAGAUUUCAGGCCAGGCCCCAGAGGUUGCACAAAUAACAAGGCAGUCUAGCCAGGAAGUAUCUACUGCUCCUUCCAGAGUAGAGCAGAAACCAGAGGUGGAAACCCAGGGCCAUGAAAAGAAUGUUGGUAAAGAAGCUAAACCUCCACAAAAUGAAAAGGACAAGCAAAUAAACCCAGCAACAGAUCAUAAAGAAAAAGCACCUGAGCCAUUAAAAACUGUCAAAACCGGGUCAGGUGCGGAUAGAGAUAGGAGACCACAGCGAGAUUCAAAGCCACUCCCGAGCAGUUUAGUUGAUAUGAAAAGCAUAAGUAGAGAUAAGAAUGAGAAGUCUGAUCGCUACGAAAAAGGAAGGAGGAGGGAUAGUGAUCGAGAUCGAGACCGUGAAUCACAUGGAAGAGAAGAGAGGCAAAAUAGAAGAGGAAAUCAUGAGCCAUCAGGAGGACGGGGACCUAGGAAUGACUCGAGGGACACAAAGAGAGUAGAAUCUCAACCUCCAGAACCAAGAGGAGCAUGGAAAGGACAGGAUUCAAGUCAGAAGUUAAAACUUAAAGAACCACCAAAGCCAAGCGAAGGCAUUCAACAAGAAAAGAGUACAGAAAAAGUGGAAGAGAAACCAGCAGCUCAUGUUGAUCAGAAGAGCAAAGCUGUUCUUGAUGAACGGAAAUCUGAGGAAGCUCCAUUAGAUAGAGACACCAAAGACUCUCAAAUUGAAAAGGUUGAAAAGAAAGAUGGUUCUGAGUUUAGAGGAAGUGGGGCAAAACCCAAAGAUCUUGUUGAGAAACCGAAAGCAGAGGAUAGACAUGAGAGGCCACCUCGUGAUCGAAGAGAGGAGCGAGACAUGCGGGAUAGAGGAGGAAGAUCUGGUGGACGUGGUCGAGGUUCAGCUGACUCAAACAGAAGGAGAGAUGAAAGAGGACCUCCUUACAGAAGAGACGACAAGGGUCCUUCCUCCAACAGGAGAGAAAGGGGGCGAUAUGAGGGCAGUAAUCGGGGGAGAAGCUUCAAGCCAUACAGUACCGGCAUUAGAGGAAGAGGCAGAGGAAGAGGAGAAAGAUACGACAGUCGGCAAGGUUAUAGGAAACCAAUGAGGAGAGAAGAGGAGGAAGAAUGGGAUGUAAGCUCAGGUGAUGAGAGUGUUGAAAGGGUUCCAGAACGUAAGGAACAGUCCAAGCACACCGAACUGCCCAAACCCAAACCACUGUUAGAAAGCAUGGACAGCACCCCUGUGAAUGCAGAGAAAUCUGCCAAUGAAGAAGUGAAACCCAAAGAGCCUGAAGCAAAAGAAGAAUCCUCGGAAUCACCCAAUGUGCAAGGGGAUGCUGAUGAGGAAAUUGAUGGAGCAGAAAGAAGUAAUUUGCCCAGAGGUGAGCCAUCAAGAAGAGGAAGAGGUGGAGGUGCUGUGAGGAGAGGGAGAGGUGGAAGUGUAGGAAGGGGUACUGCCCCAAGGGGGCGCGGUAGAGAAUUCUACAGCAGAGAUGGCAGGGAUGGCCGAGAUGAGAGAAGAGCACAUUCUACUCGAGAUGGCUCCCAGAGAUAUGAAAGGAGUUCCAGGAAUGAUGGUGAUCAGAGAGAUAGCUACAGAGAGCCAAGAGGCAGAGGAAGGGACGAUGAGGAUCGAAUGAGGCAAAGUUCAAGAGAUGGACCUCCAGGAAGAGGUCAGUACAGGAGGUCAAGACCUGAGAGGCCUCCUAGAUUCCAAAAGAAUUCUCAUGGGAGGGGGAGGGUAAGACCUCAGCGAGGUGAGCGAGGGCCAGACACAGCUGGCAGCAGGACCAAAGACAAUAGCGAGAGAAGUCUAGUCAAUAGUGGCAACAAUAGUGAUGGAGCACCAAAGGGUGCAUCUAGACCUCCCCUACCAAGGCAGAACUCCUCUGAUCUGAACAAUGAUGAGUGGGAGACUGCAUCUGAGAGCAGUAACUUCAAUGAUCACAAGGCAAGAGAGAAGGAAGUCGCAUCAGAAGGUCCUAAGACCACUGCUGACAAGGCAGUAAAGGAUAGCAGUGGUAAUGCUCGCAGUAAUGGUGAUCCUGAAGGCAGACCAAGAAAUGAUAGGAGAGAUGUUGGGAGGAAGGGACCAACUAAUCAGAGGCAGGGAGGAGAUAGACCCAGCAACAGGGACAGCUACCGAUCAGACCAUGAUCGGAGAGAUAAGGGGUACAGGAACGGGCGUGAUAACCGCGGUCCAAGCUCGAGAGGGGGACGUGGACGAGGGGGCGACAGGAAGUCGGAUAAUGGCCCUUACAUGAAGCGCAGUGCUGGACAGAGAGGGAAUGCAGAACAGAACCAUUCUGAUGUCUUCAGGCUGGAUACGAUAGUCCUUAAUGAUCAGAGAUCUGUUAAUAAUGCUCUCAAUGCCUGCAUGCACCCAAAGAAAGCUACAAUGCCAAUGGGUAAACCUCUGGAUAGUACUACCCCAGUCAGUUUGCCCAUAGCUUCAAAGGAAAAGACUAAACCAGUUCUGGAGAAGAGAAAAGAUGUUCUUGCUACAUAUGAUAUUAACACCAAUUAUGGUGUUGUAGUGGUAGAUGAUGUCCCUGAAGUGAUAGUGGAGAACCCCGAUGAGCUUCUGACCCCUGAUGCAGGAUUUCAACCAGUGCUGUCCAGGAAACAGAAAGCAGCAGAAUCAGAGAGGAAAAAGUUGGAGACCCUCACGUCCGAGAUUGGAAAGAAAGCCAAGCUAAGUACUCCCAUGAAGACCCGGCAUUUGAACACCAAGCUCCCACCUAGACUGCGAGGGCAGGUUGCGUCUAAGGAGAACAUGAAGGAACCGGCCUCGGUGACACCCAUCGGCACUGGACCCAGGACGGGUACACUUAACAAAGCACCCGGGACCAAACCAUUGAGCACCGAAGGCAUCCCCCCGUUGAUGGGUAGCCCUGUAUCUGCUGUCAGUUUGCAAAUGGCGCCACCACCUGCUCUGAGGAAAGUUGCCAUUGGUGCGGCACCGGCACCCCCUCCACCGCCCAGCAAUGCAUGGGAGAAACCUCCACUGCUCUCUGGGCCUCAACCAAGCACGGCUGCAGCAGCAGGAGUACCGGGUACCCAACCGCCCAUGCCCGCUGCAUCAAAGGCCGGUGUGGCUGCUACCGCUGCUGCUGUCCAGCAGGGCAAGCCGGAGUCCUCCAACGAUCAGCAUGAUAGUGGUGUUGAACUCAAUAGUGAUCAUCACACGUCAAAUCCACCCUCACAGAGGAGCUCACCUAAUGGUGAAUCUAAGGCAGAAGCCCGCUUGGUGUCUGAGCUCAAUGCUUACGGCCAGCAGUCUAAACAUUCUCCCUUGACCUCCCAACCAGACUGGUCAACGGACAUGGCACCCCCCUCCUCACGCCUCCCUGCGGUGGGCUUGCAGAGCGUGGCUGAAGGAUCAACCCAUGGUCAGACGUAUUCCUCCAGUGGUGGAAUCGGCAAGACUGCUCCUACCCAAGGCGAUGACGUGACGAUGAGGAAGCUUACAGUGGAUAUGGCUCAGGCAUCUGGGGUGAUUGGUCCAAAUGGUCUAAUGAGUCAGAGUGGUCAAGCUCACAGCAGCCCUGGUGGACGUUCUGGACAGUCCAGCAUGAUGCAAUCAUCGCAAGAUCAGAACAGAAGCAACGUCCAGUCCCCUACGUCCACUGCUGCUACAGAUGAACUCAACAUGAAGAUAGAGAGUGCAAGGAACCUGUGGGAUGCAGAUGACAGUGCACCCCCUGCUCCUCAACCAACCCAUAGUGAAGCGAAUCUCUCAUCGCAGGGCUUGGUGUCCAUGUCCACGGCAUCAGCCAGUGAUCAGCAGCAGAAACAGCAUAUCCAGAGAGGUGAAGGCCCCCGGGAUAUGAAUACCAUGAGUGAUAUCAGUGCUGGUCAGUUGAGCCAUUCUGCAGCGAGUAUCUUACCUGCAAGUGGAGCUUCUGGAAUCACCUUCGGAAGCUUUCCAUCGAGCGAUGUCGAUCUGAUGGAAAAUGAUGUCCCAACGUCGGCUUCCUUCACCUCGAAUCUGAAUGCUAAUAUGAAUGCAAACAUGAAUGCAGAUGAUAUGGAGAUGACUGUCCCAAGCAGCAGAACAUUUGCCCAGUUUUCUAGUGCAAGCAUGGAGGUAGAAUCUCCUCAAGAGAUUUUCACUUCUGCAGGGUAUGCAAACAAAGGACUGUCUCUUUACACCAGCAUGAGUGGUAAUUCUUUCCCCGCUGCCACCUUUCCUUCGUCCAUGUUGGAUCAUCCUGCGUACAACCCAAAGCACAUUGGUGGGGAACAGCAAGCAAGAAUUCAGCAGCAACAACAGCAGCAGCAACAACAGCAGCAGCAACAACAUCAGCAACAACAACAGCAGCAGCAGCAACAACAACAUCAGCAACAGCAGCAGCAGGCCUUUUCAUCCUCAGUGCUCAUGGCUCAGCCUUUCAACAUGGGCAAUUCCCUGACAAGUGGUCUAGCUGGAAGUGCUGUGGGAAUACCCGGUGGUGGAAUCAGUGGCACCAACUCUCAGUCGAUUCUCUCUCAAGGCACAUCGGGCCAGUACUCAUUCCAGGGCCCGGACACGUCGCGUCUUCUGGCGGGCACUCCAGCAUUCCUCACUCAAGCUUCAUUCCAAGGUACCCUCAUCCAGCCCCAGUCUGGCGGCUUGCCGUUUGGCUUGAACCAAAAUGCUGCCAUGGCUCCAUCCUCCCCUGCCCCUGGUGCCCCAUCCCAGCAGUCGUACCCGCAGGCUGCUGCAGGGUUCCUGCCAGCCCAGGCUCCUCAACCAGCACCACCUACUGGUCUUCACUCCAACUUUGGUCCUGUCUUGUCGGUGAGCAUGCCCCAGAAUCCGGUUCCUAGUCAUUCCUUUAUGAACCUCACAUCGCCAUCGUACACAAGACCAAGCCAUGACCUGGGCCUGACAGCAAGCCAUACCAGCUCUGUUAUCAUGAAACCACAGACGAGUAUUGGAAGCCUCACCAAGACUGUGUCUAGUGUUCCUUUUGGAGCUGUGUCUGUAGGGCAGCAGUCACAUUUGUAUACACAGCAGAGAGCAAAUACUCAGUUGGGUGCCCAGCAGCCUAGUUUGAUUACCAACAACACCCUGAUUGCUGCUGCAGCCAUGCAACCAAACCCAACCCCUGCCAAUGCACCGGCCCACCAUCCAACGCAUGGCCAGCAUGCAUCCUUCUUCAGCGGAGGUGCUCAGGUAGCUGCUGCAAACUCGCAAGUUGGAAGCACCAACUUCUUCAACACCCUCCAAGGCACCCGUUCUACCAACCUGCAGGGAUCUGUACAGGCUAUACCCAUCCAGCAGCUUCCACAGACUACCAUGUCUACCCAGUACCCAAUCACCCCUCAACAGGCUCAUCAGGCAUCCCAGCCCAUUGUCCACCCCAUUGGUGCUCCAGUGGGAGGCUUCCCGAGUGCCUAUGGGGAUAUUGGUACACAACCCAAGCACCAUGGUAGGAGCAUCCCAUCCGGACUUAGCAUGGAAAGACAGUCCACGCCCUCGGUGCACAUGGAUCUUUCUGCUGAUCUGCUCACUCGGAGCGAUUCAUCUGGAAGUAGGAGCAGCAAUCUGUCCCAGCAUGUUGAUGCAAAGCCCUUCAGUCCUAAUAGGCAGAUGGGAAGCGGGAUGGCCAAUGCAAGUAGCAAGCCCCAGGAGGAAAGGUACAGUAAUCCUGGCUUUAACAACAAAGUGAGUAGCUAUAAUCCAGUCGAUCAGGGCAUUGGUGGUAAGCCCCAGAGCUUUGGUGCGACACAGGUUUCCAUUGGGCAUUAUAGUGCUGAAGAUCGGAAACCAUACAGUCAAUCAAGGGGCUCAGACACUCAGCGAAUGCUGGUGUCUGAUGCUGAAGCACCGGUGCCUAGUUCACAUCCUGCUUCGCUCACAUCCUCACUGCCCUACUCAAUGACAACCACCACUACUGUGGCCGGCAUGAGUCAAAAGCCUAUUUUCUCCCAGGCACCCAAAGUGAACCAGCCACCACCUCCGGCAUCAACGUCACAGCAAUCGACACCUCCCAAAGCCACUUCCACAAGCUCCACACCCCCAGCCCAACCACCCCUGCCUCAUCGAGGAUUCAACCUCCGAACUGGCUCCAACAAUCCGAGGAUGCCUCCACAGCUCUUUGGCCAAGCCAAUCCUCAGAUGAUGACCAUGAUGGGAAUGCGAUUUCCAAUGCCUUUCCCUCAAGGUCCCCCGCCCCCUCGUGGAGCCCAGUUCAUGCCACCUCAGCGCAUGCCUUCCAGCACUGCUAAUGUGAAUCUACCAUCUGGACCUUCACCAAACCCUCAGCCAGUGGUACCACCAGCUCCCAAGACGAGCCAGUCGGCACCCAAGAUGCCACAAAUGUCAACCUCCAUAUCGCAGUCUACUGCAUCAUCGCAGGCCAAGCCAGCAGCAAACGCCAAGCAAAAUCAAUCAAAGAAUCAGGCGGCCACCAAGAACAAGUCCUUGGCUGGUUUACCUGGACCAAGUGCCAAGCUAUCCAAGCCUCCCAGCCACUUUAGUAGGAGGGCACCUGUUGACCUCAAGAUGACUCCGGAAGAAAUCAAGGCAGAGCAGAACAAGGAACGAGAAAAGCUUCUAGCUUCUACCAAAGCAUUCUUCAGCAAUCCAGAAGGCGGAGAUCCAAAGGAAAAGUCAGACAAAGCAGAAAAGUAGAAUGAAUUGGUGAACUUGAACACUAAUGCUGACAGCUUUGUUUUAUCCGAGGAAUUAACAUUCUUUCUGAGUGGAAGAUAAUUGCGAUGGUUAAAAGCAGGACAUUUGACGACUUAUACGAAAGUUCAUUUCCAUGGACACUGAGUUGGAGUAGAAAUAAUGAACAGGAGAAAGUUUGCAGCCAUGGCUCAUUGUUUAAAAGAAGGCUACAAUAGAAAUGCAAGUGCUUAUAGUGGGCAGCAUUCCAGGGAAUGUUGGACAUUCAAAUAGUGUUAUCUGAUGAUUAUUUCAUAUGAUCAAAGACUCACUUUGCAUUCAUAAUAGUUUGUUCCUCACAGGUUCGUUAGUUUUUCAGUGAUGAAUGUGAAAGGUUGUUGGGAAAGGCUUAUUAUUUUACAACAGGAAUGAAUGUUUUGAAAAAACAAAUACAUGUAUAUUUAUAAAUGAUAAUUUUGAAACUUGUGCUAGAUUAUUUGAGGAUAAUAUUUGAGAAGCAUUAUAAGAGGCAUGUUGUGAUGUAUAUUAUUGAGAGGUAAUUUAGGAUCAACAAAUCCAAGCUGAAAUUUUAUAUUGAUUUAGCUUUUUGUUACCACACAUAUUUAAAAUAUGUAGCUUGAAUGGAGAAUAUAAUGCUGAAUGUUGGUUGUAUCAAAUAUUUAAAGGUCUUGUAUUUUUCCUAACCAGUAAGAGGUUACAUUUGAAUUGAUGUCCCUGCAUUCUAGCUUCCACUUCAUAAGAUCUUGACUUAGAAAGAUAUAUAUUGAAAUAGAGAUCUGCCUUUCAAGUAGUUGAAUUAUUGUAUAAUUAUGUUGACGAUGGUCCAUUUAACAUGUUUGUUGCUACGAGAUCGCAUCAUUUGAAGAUUUAAAACUUGGUUUUAUGUAUUGAAUAAAGUGUCACAUGAUUAAUUCCAGAGUGUAUCUAGUUUGACUAUAUGACGAGUGUUUUGUGAGAUAAUAUGAUGGAAGGUGACUUGACAUAAUAUAUUCUCUGUGAUGAAGUUUUCCCACUUUAAAAAUCACUUGGUAUUCUGUAACAUUUUUGAAAUGGACAUUGUAUAGAUUAUCUUAUGAGGGUUGGAAGGGCAAUAAAUUCUUAUAUAACACUCUUCUGACUUGUAGCUAAAAGUGAAUAUUUAUGCUGUUUAGAUAACAUUGGCUGUUUAUUGAUGUACAGAUACAGCCCUAAUAAAUCAUUGCAUUUUUGUUGUUUGAUUAUCAGUUUAACAUUUCUUUUCUUACAAAAAAAUUGUUUUCUAUUUUGUAAAUACAUGCAUCAGGCUCAGAUUCAUAAUCUAGAAUGUGUACAUAUGUCUAAAUGUUUUUUCUUACCAGUAACUUAUUGCACCUCGUUUGCAAUCAGAAAUAUGAGAACAUAUUCAUGUUCCACUUCAUAUUUGAAAUGAAUGCUUCUGUCAAAUGGAUAUUAAUUUGUCCUCUAUGUAAUCUUUUAGAUGUAAUCUUAAAGAUUAAUGUAGAAUAAAGUAACAGUUCGUGAUGAUGAAAUGUCCAGAUAUUACUGAGCUAUUUACAAGCAUAUAUACAGCAGGCCUGGUUUGAAGCUCAUUUACAUGUAUGUACAUACGGCAAAUCUUCAAAUUUGUCACUAAUUAUUCAUACACGACUUCAUGUAUUACUAUUUUUAUAUUUCAUUUACUUACAACACAUUUUUUGUUUUGUGUGAAUGGGAAAUGCAUACACAAUAUAUUGUACAUUUGUCUUUUUUGUAUCAAGUUUGAUUUGUUAAAUCCUUCAUGCGCUUUGCCUGUGGCAUUAUAAAGAUGUUCAAAUUAUUUACGAAGACAACACAAAAGUUCUAAUGAUUCAAGAUUGUCUAUGUAUCAUUGAGAGUAGUGUGAAAAGCAGUGACUUAGUACUGCUCCAUUGUUCAUGUUUGAAUGUACAUUUAUGUUGUGGAUGGUUUUAAGGAGUCUAAAUCCAAGUAUUUAUGUUAUAUUUGCAGUUGUGUAAGAGUUACAAAGGUACUAACACAUAUUGGAGUGUAAGUAGCAAUGCUGUGUGUACCAGAUUGAAUCCCUGUUGUGCAUAUAUUCAGGUUUACGUUUGUUUUCUAGUUCGAGAAAUGGAUUUUAGCAUGUCUCGUUUAAUUUUUGCUCAUUCAUUCAUUCAUUCAUAAUCUGUCCUCGCAAUUUGCUUUGAAAUGAGCACCAAGUAGUGUGUGCAUUGUUGAAAAAAAACUGCUAGUAUUAAUAAAGUGAAUUUUUGAUAACUUGUAUAUUACCGUACAUUAGCAAAGAGACUGCAUGUGUAUAGUUCAAUUCUAACAUGAGUAGUAAAUAAUAAUCCCUCUUUGUUUUUUUGUUCAUUUUCAUCUUGUCUCUGUAUCUAUGCCUAUGACUGCAUAGAAUCUCUCCUUCACAAGGUUUUACUAUGGAAUGAUCGCCCAGUAUGCGCUCUACAUUAUUAUGACUUCCAGUUGGAGUCGGAUGUGUUUGGAGCACGUGGGAUAAAGAACUGUACAUAUCUUGUGUGUACGUACCAAAACCUUGUGUGCCUCGCACGAGCUUGAGAGACGUGACAAAACUUAUUGAAUAAAAAAUGCAAUUCCUGAUUCGUCCAGUAUUGGCGUCAAAACAAAA